AUGAGAGAAGAAGAUCACUUGAGAAAAGGAGAAAAAUCUCAUGUGUUUGAAUCUCUAGUAUCGGGAGCGAUUGCGGGUCUUGCAGCACGAAGUGCGAUAGCACCAUUAGACACUUUAAAAUUAAGAUUGCAAUUGGGUACAGAUACGCUACCUCAUACGCUGAAGUCUCUUAUUCGUCACGAAGGUCUCCUUGCGCUAUGGAAGGGAAAUUUAGCGGGUAGUAUUAUGUAUAUUAUAUAUGGUAGUGUUCAAUUUGGUACAUAUUCGUAUACUAACGCAGCGUUACUAAAAGUGUGCGAUGUACCGCCAACAAUUCAUAGUACACUCGCGGGUGCUAUCACAGGUAUGGCUAGUUCAUUAUGUUCAUAUCCAUUUGAUGUACUGCGAACAAGGCUGGCGACGACGACGACGACUACGACGACAGCGACGACAGGUCGCAGUGGGCGUGGCCUCUAUCAGCAUAUAGAACGCAUUUAUAUUCGCGAAGGUCUUGGCGGAUUUUUCCAUGGUGUAGCCACUUCUAUGGCCAAUGUGACGGUAUCAACCGCAGCGAUGUUCGGGACGUAUGAAGGGAUCCGUGCAAGGUGGCCAGAGACCAAUGCUGGUACCGCAGGCGCUAUCAGUGGGGUGAUAUCUCGUACUAUAACCUUUCCGUUAGACACCAUUCGACGUCGGUUACAAAUCCGUACUUCGUCGGAGCUUGGACAGAUGACGAAUAACGGCUACAUCGGAAAACAUAUGCAAAGAAGUGCAAUUACUCUAUGUGUUCAGAUCGUGCGGGACGAGGGGGUGAAAGUACUAUUUCGAGGAAUUGGAUUGGGAUUAUUGAAGAGUGUACCCAAUACGGCAAUAAAUUUAUGGGUUUAUGAAAACCUUAUGAGGGUGUUGACCUAA